UGUAUAUGCAUACUCUAUAACACUCGCCUUUUCUUCAUCACCUCCCAUACCCUAGCCGAGGCACUUCAGAGCCCAGAGGUCCCGGACACCGCAGCAGUCGCAUGGCCGGCCGUCGCGUAUACCUUACGGUGCUCUAAGCCAUCUGCUCUUUGCGAUUCCGACAUUUUGAGUUCGCUGGGAUUUCUCUAACCCCUCUGUUGUCUAUAGGUAAAAUCAUGGUUAAAAAUUCAAUCACUGGCUAAGUUUUUUAGCCAGAUGGUUUAAACCUUUAAAAGGAAGAGAAACAUACCAUUUCUUUCAAAUCCAUUCUUUCUUAAUGAGAUCCUCCAUUAUCUUUAGAACCCUUCUUUCUUCUAACUCUACAACCAAGUAUCCAGGAUUACCUCAAUUCUAUCGCUUUUAUUCAAACAAUAUUCCUAAAGACCCUAAUCCCAAGCCAAAGAGGUAUAAAUAUCCAGAAUUCUAUGAUCCUUAUGGACCAAGGCCACCUCCAUCUGAGAAUAUCUUGCAGCUUGCCACUCGUAUCACCUCACUUUCUCCAGAAGAGCUGAUGCAGCUUGGUCCAGCUCUGCAACACCGGCUGAAGCAUCUAAGGUUGCAGAAGGUAUCUUCUGACGGGUUUGGUGCAGGCUUGCAAGCCAGUUCUGCUCCUGAAAAGAUGGAAGAGAAGAAGGUUGAAAAGACUGCUUUUGAUGUCAAGCUCGAGAAGUUCGAUGCUGCGGCAAAGAUUAAGGUGAUCAAAGAAGUCAGAACAUUCACCAAUCUUGGAUUGAAGGAAGCUAAGGAUUUGGUAGAGAAGGUUCCUGUUACUCUGAAGCAAGGGGUCACCAAGGAGGAAGCCACUGGCAUCAUAGAGAAGAUCAAAGCAGCUGGUGGUGUUGCUGUCAUGGAGUAAUAAAACGUAAGAUUUUAUUUUAAUGAUAUAAAUUAAAAUUUUAAAUGACUCUUCCUGCAUUCUGAACCUUUGGAUGUAUUUGUAUUAUUCUGGAUUUGUUUCACAGAAGAGCUUCAUUUUAGUUAUCUGAUUUGAAGCAUUGGGUUGUUUACUGGUCCAACACUGUAGAGAAAAACAAAGGUCAGGGUAACUACCAUAAAUUAUGGCUAUUCAGUCUAAUUUGUUGUCCAUGCUUGCCUAACAACCCAUGGGUCAUAGGUUCACAACAAUGAUGUUUUUUGUGUGCAAGCAUAUACACAAUAGUGAUUGCAUAAGUUUCAAAGGAUA